UAAACCCCCAUCAAAACCCAUACACACACAAACACUUCAUUCACCAAAAAAUGGGGAUACUCACACUUCCACUAGUCACCUCUCUUUUCAAGCCCCAUCUUUCCCUUCUCUUCACCACCACCACCACCACAAUCCACCGCCGCCGUCCCUUCUUCCACCACCUCCCAAUACGACGCCGUUUCACAAGUCUUGCAAUAACCCAAUCUCAAUCCACAUCAACUUCAAAUGCAGAGGAACAACCUAUUAAAGUUACUAUUCCAACUUUUCAGCAAGCCAUUCAACGUCUCCAGGAGUACUGGGCAUCUGUUGGAUGCACAAUAAUGCAAUGUAGCAACACUGAGGUCGGAGCUGGGACUAUGAAUCCCUUGACAUUCUUAAGGGUUCUUGGUCCAGAGCCAUGGAAUGUUGCGUAUGCAGAGCCAAGUAUCCGGCCAGAUGAUAGUCGUUAUGGUGAAAACCCUAAUAGGCUUCAACGUCAUACUCAAUUCCAGGUUAUAUUAAAGCCUGAUCCUGGAAAUUCACAAGACCUUUUCCUCAGGAGUCUAUCGGCUCUAGGUAUUGAUGUCAAUGAACAUGAUAUUCGUUUUGUUGAAGACAAUUGGGAAAGCCCAGUACUUGGUGCUUGGGGAUUGGGCUGGGAGAUUUGGAUGGAUGGAAUGGAGAUUACACAGUUUACUUACUUCCAACAGGCUGGAAGUCUUCAGUUGAUGCCAGUGUCUGUUGAGAUCACAUAUGGUCUUGAACGCAUCCUAAUGUUACUUCAGGGAGUUGAUCAUUUUAAAAAAAUCAAAUAUGCUGAUGGAAUCACUUACGGGGAGCUCUUCUCUGAAAAUGAGAAAGAAAUGAGUUCAUAUUAUCUAGAACAUGCCAGUGUGGAUCAUAUUCAGAAACACUUUGACUUUUUCGAGGCAGAAUCACGUGCGUUGCUUGAUUUAGGUCUUGCAAUACCUGCGUAUGAUCAGCUUCUCAAAACUUCUCAUGCGUUUAAUAUCUUAGAUGCUAGAGGGUUUGUUGGGGUAACAGAACGUGCUCGUUAUUUUGGGCGGAUGCGCAGUUUAGCUCGACAAUGUGCCAUGCUCUGGUCAAAUACAAGAGAGUCACUCGGAUAUCCGUUAGGCGUUAUUUCUCAAUUUAAUAACCUUACUACUCCCAAGGAGGUUUUAAAAUCAGAAGCAAAAAAGGUCUCUACUGAACCGAGAUUGCUGCUUCUUGAGAUUGGAACAGAAGAGUUACCACCAAAUGAUGUUGCUAGUGCUGGACAGCAACUCAAAGAUUUAAUUGUGCAAUUACUUGGCAAACAAAGGUUGACUCAUGGUGAAGUUCUUGUAUAUGGCACCCCAAGGAGACUAGUAAUUAGUGUUGAAAACCUAUGCUCCAAACAAUCGGCAAAUGAAGUCGAGGUUCGAGGGCCUCCAGUUUUGAAAGCUUUUGAUAAUCAAGGAAAUCCAACUAAGGCAGCUGAGGGUUUUUGUCGUAGAAACUCUGUUCCAGUGGACUCGAUGUAUAAAAAAACCGAAGGUAAGACAGAGUAUGUUUAUGUUCGUGUGAUGGAGUCUGCACAGCUUGCUCUGGAGGUGUUAUCGAAGGAGUUGCCUGGUGCAAUUGCUAAAGUAUCAUUUCCAAAGUCCAUGCGAUGGAACUCUGAGGUACUCUUUAGCCGACCUAUCCGUUGGAUAUUGGCCCUACAUGGAAAUGCAGUUGUUCCUUUUGCCUUCGCUGGUACUUUGAGUGGUAAUAAAUCUCAUGGUCUCCGGAACACGACAUCGGCAACGGUCACGGUUGAUAGUGCAGAGUCUUAUGCGGGGGUAAUGCAAAAAGCUGGAAUUUCCGUUGACACCGAGUUACGGAAGAAUAUAAUUAUAGAACGAUCCAAUGAUUUAGCAAAAGAUGUCAAUGGAUGUCUUGUGAUGCAGACUAGCUUACUUGAUGAGGUUGUAAACCUUGUGGAGGCACCUGUUCCCGUGCUUGGGAAAUUCUCAGAGUCCUUCCUGGUGCUACCGAAAGAACUACUAGUAAUGGUUAUGCAGAAACAUCAGAAGUACUUUGCCUUGACAGACAAUAAAGGAAAUCUGUUGCCAUAUUUCAUUGCUGUUGCAAAUGGAGCAAUUAACGAGUCAGUUGUUAGGAAAGGAAAUGAAGCUGUACUCAGAGCUCGAUAUGAAGAUGCUAAGUUCUUUUAUGAGUUAGAUACUAGUAAAAGGUUUUCAGAGUUCCGCUCUCAACUCAAUGGAAUCCUGUUUCAUGAGAAACUUGGAACAAUGGAGGACAAAAUGAUACGGGUGGAGAGUACUAUUACUCAACUCGGAUUGGCUUUAGGAAUUAGUGAAGAUAAGCUCCAGAUUACUCAAGAAGCUGCAUCACUGGCUAUGUCUGACCUCUCAACUGCUGUUGUUACAGAGUUUACUUCCCUAUCAGGAAUAAUGGCACGCCACUAUGCUCUUCGUGAAGGAUACUCGCAACAGAUUGCAGAUGCGUUGUUUGAGAUCACACUCCCACGAUUUUCUGGUGAUAUACUCCCGGAAACCGAUGUAGGAACUGUAUUGUCCAUUGCAGACAGGUUAGAUAGCCUAGUUGGCUUGUUUGGAGCUGGAUGUCAACCAAGCUCGACUAAUGAUCCAUUUGGUCUACGGAGAAUCUCUUAUGGUCUUGUCCAAGUCCUGGUAGAAAAGAAUAGAAACUUGGACUUGCGACAUGCUUUGGAGGUUGCCGCCUCUGCUCAAUCCUUAAAAAUAGAAGAAGGAACACUAGAUGAGGUGCUUCAAUUUGUUACACGAAGACUUGAACAAUUUCUGGUUGAUAAGGGAAUAAAUCCAGAAGUGGUGCGUUCGAUCUUGUUAGAGCGUGCAAAUCAACCUAGUUUGGCAGCAAAAUCAGCAUAUAAAAUGGAUGUGUUGUCACGAGGGGAACUUCUGCCAAAGGUCGUUGAAGCAUAUUCUCGACCAACAAGAAUUGUUCGUGGGAAGGAUGUCGAUGCUGGCAUAAAGGUGGAUGAAGCAUCACUUGAGACGGAUGAAGAGAAAGCUUUAUGGAGCACUUUUUUGUCUAUUAAAAGCAAAAUACAUCCAGGUAUUGAGGUGGAUAAUUUUGUUGAAACGUCUUUGCAACUAGUUCAGCCAUUAGAAGAUUUCUUUGCUCAUGUUUUUGUUAUGGUGGAAGAUGAAAAGAUCAGAAAAAACAGACUUGCACUGCUUAGAGAAAUCUCUGAACUCCCAAGAGGAAUAGCCGACCUCUCAGUUUUGCCUGGAUUUUGACAUUUUUAUUACUUUCCAUUUAGAGGGGGCACUCUUUUAUAACUUACCGUUUUCACGAUGCGAAAAAGUUUGGUACAUGGGGUAUUCUUUUUGCAGUAUUGAUAACACUUCGAAUUAUAGUUUACUGUGGAGAUAGCGUUGUGAGGGCAUUGAUUAUCCAGGCCUUCUAAUAGGUUAGUUGGUUUCUGCAGUUGUGGAGCGCGAUGAACAUGUUUGAUAUAGUUUAAGUUAUAGGGAAUUUGUUCAUUUUAUUAUCAAAUAAAUACAUCGACUGUUUUAACCUAGCAUGAUAGCUUAUAAGCGAAUAGUUGCCAUUCAUUAAGAUGUUUUAUUAGAUCAA